AUAUGUAUAAGCGGAUUUCCGUGCACAUAAUUAAGAGAAUCUCGUCACGUGUUCAUGUGACGAAAAACGAUCGAAACGAAACUAGGGAGACGAAUUGGAGGGAAAAAAAUUGAAACCACGACUGGAAACGCGGCUCUCUUUUGCAUAUUGCUGGCCCUAGCGCUUCGAGAUGGAGCGGCGACAACCGGUCUGCGACUUUUGUAAUUUGUCCCAGGAGAACCGGAAAACCGGGCCUCUGAUAAAGAAAAAUACAGCGGUGGCACAUGAGAACUGUCUGCUGUACUCGUCGGGUAUUUACAGCAAGAACACGCCUGAUGUCGACGAUCUCGGCAUCGAUGAGCAAGAUAUAAUCAAAGAAAUAAAGAGAGGCCGAAAACUGAAAUGUCACAAAUGUAAGAAAAGCGGAGCGACCAUUGGGUGCGAAUUGCGGAAAUGUAAGAAAUCCUACCAUUUCCUCUGCGCCUUGGAAGACGAAGCUCAGACAAUUGAAAACAUUUCGAAUGGCGAUUUUAGGAUAUACUGCAGAGCACACCAACGGUCAUCAGACCCGGGUACUUCCGAUGCCGAAAUAUCAACAAAUAUUCAUCAAAUUGAAGACGGCAUGGAGGAAAUUCCUUCAAAGCGGACAAAAAUUAGCACUCCAAAGAGCUACACCAAGAGAAGAAGUGCUCAGUUGGACUCCGAUUCAGAUGGAAGGGAAGAGUUUACCUCUGAGCAAGGACCAGUGGAUACAGAUUCUGAAGACGGCGCGAACCCUGGACAUAAUGUAACUUCUGAGGCAGACAAUAACAGCGAUGAUGACUUGGAUUGCACUCAGUUGGACAUGAAUGCUGAUGCCGAUGAACCGCGACCAAGCACAUCAGGAAAUCAGGUGACCUCAAAUGGAAGGUCCAAUGACUCGGAUUCUGACCAGUGCUCAGAGAGCCUUUUGCCAUUGAAGAUCGCACAGGUCCAGUCUCUAUUUCCACCCAUUCCAGACUGCAGCCACAAUACCCAAGUAUCAAGUGUGGAGUCUUCAUUUUGGGCCAAGUGCCUGGAGGCUGGCUGCAUCGAGUCUGUCUUCUCCACCUUCAUCUCAUCAAUGAAGGAACUGUCAGAGAGAAUGGUCUCCCAGCAGGCCAGUGAGGAAGAUUGUAUCCUGUCUUUCAAAGUGCUGAAAGCUUCAGGAAUGUUACCUGACAUACUGGCCCAGAUAAAACAAGAUAUGAAUGGGAAACUGAAAACAGUUCGUGAAGAAACGGAAUCCCUGCAGAUGGCAUUGUCAGCCAUAGGCAGUGCCAGUACAUUAUGCUUAUCCAACGAGACCAUAAAACUUGAAAUGUCACAAAAGUAAAAUUUGUGCAAAGAUUGAUCGCAGUGGUUCUUGAAUGUAUACAAGAGCACAUGGCAAUAGUGCAACACAUUUUCAUGUGUUCAAAAGUAGAAGGGCGUAGUCACAAAAAAUGUAGCCUUUUACAUAAGUCUAAGGUUAAGAAACUGCUAUGUUAAGAAUCUGGCCUAGUCAUAUCAGAAGUAUGCCAACAUUAGCAAAAUCUGCCAAACGCCAAACAGACAGCUUUAAGCAGCUGUGGAAGAAAUAAGUACCAACGUCGAAUCUGUAAAAUUUGCACACUAGUGGAAGUGCAGUUUAGUGACAGUGCAAUCACUUUCCAUAUCCCAACAACAGAAGCCAAGGAAUGUCAAGGACUGCCACAAAGGGCCAGUCUAUUCUGGCAUGCAUUUGUUCCCAAAGCAAGUUCUGCUCAGUGCUCUGAGGGUAUGGAGGGGGGGUUACCAGAUGGAGAGGAAUAGAAAUAGUGAGUUUGUGGGAUGCGGUACGUCAUUUCACUGGCCACUGAUUAAGUGCAGUCAUCAUCAUGACUCAGAUGCAAGCAUCUACUGUCAGUUGGGCUACCUCCAAGUCUCUGCCACAUCUUUGGGAACUCCACCAAAGUCAGUUUUUGAAGGCCCCGCAGCGGCCAGCUCUACAGAUGAAAUCCUUGAGGAGAUUCCCAUCCAUCUGCCAGAAAGCUGUUGUCUGCGUAACAGCCGUCAGGUGGUUCACACAAAACCUGAAGCAGAACUCCUCCAGAUCCUGGGAGAAGAAAGUAGGUUUGGUUCGGAAGUGAAGAUUAUUUAAAGGUGCCACAGAAUAACCGCAGCUCUUGCUGAAAAUACAAGAUGAAGUGUCUGUAUUUAGGUCCCAUUACAUUUUGUAAAGGUAGUAUUUACAAUACAAUUACUUUUUUUUAAAUAAAAAUAAUUUUACAAUA